AUGGGUUUCUUACGACGUGGAAACAAAAAGAAGGAAGAGAUAUCGGCAUCUACAACAAUGAUGAUGACAUCCUCGUUUAGCAGCCCUGAACCCCUUCAUCUUAAGCUCAACAACAGCAACGGCGACGCUGACGAUGAUCAUGAUUAUUAUGGCUACAACAAACGAUCACCGAUCGCUAACAUGUUUUUGAGGAGCGAUCACCGAGAAACACCCUCUACGAAAUCUCCAACCAGUUUAACUGAUGAUAUUUAUCUGGAGAUGGGUUCUUCUUCUGCUAGAAAUGAUGGGUAUCAGCUAUCAUCAAUGCCAGUGACGCCAGCAGACGCAACCACGGAUAUAUUCUUGCCGGAUUCUACCGAUGCUGAUAACAACUGUACGACUGUUGCUGAAUGUAAAAAGAAAGGAAGAAGUUCAGUAACCUCUGUCGCCACCGUGGCUACCGCUUACCCCACACCAACAACAACAACGACAAGGGUCGAUGCCGCUGUCCUCAAUCGUAAUCCCUCUGUCAUUUCUACUCCCAACCAAGAAGAAACGUCUGCGUCAUUACCACCGACAUUAGCAGUAGACGCAAAUAGCGCCAAACGAUCACUUUUCAAAAGGAAAACGGUGUCUAUUCUCGAUUCAGAUAUUUCAGACUCUGAUGACACUGCCUCAUCAUCGUCGGCAGUGAUGUUUUCUGAGAGUGAGAGCUCGGAAGGUAUUAAGCAUCAGCAACGAGAAAAAUUGUUUGGGAAAAUGACCACUGCAGACCCAGGUGGCACCUCUACUACUGGAGGUGGACUUCCUCCAUCUCAGGCAACACAGAUGGCGAGGAUGAAGGAAAGACACCGUCAAGAAUGUCGCACGUCAUGGCAAUCCAUUGAUAAGCAGCAGCAGCUAUAUUUGCAACGAGUGACACCCUCAGUUCCAAUAAUGUACACCAUUAAUACUUGCAGUGGGGUGUCGCCUAAUAACAAAUUGUCAGCAUCCGAGUCAUUUAUGUCUUUUGGGUCGUCUUCGCAAUACUCGUACGGUGCAACAGCAGUAGAAGCAAAACAGAAGCAACAUCUUCAUCAACAGCAAACAAUAUAUCGUCCUCGAUUAGCACAGCCACUGUCUAUGCCGUACGCUCUUGACCUAGUAUCUCGAGGCAUAGUAGAGCCAGUGUCGCCUUGGAGUCCUACGACAUCAGAGGCACUAUCAAAGCAUAGCCGUCUUCCGAGAUCAAACCGGUCAACACGAACAUCGUCGAUGUCACCGUGCGGCAGCUGCCAGCAGCAGCAGAGGAAAAUACCAUCAAAAACAGCAUCGAUACAAACUGCAGCGCCAAUGUCCGCUAUCCCAGCUUCUUCUAAUGAUCAAGGACUGAUGUAUCAACAGCAGCAACAGCAAUCGCCAAUUAUACCUCCUGUUCAUAUGAUGCCGUUGACACCACCUCCAGAUGCUGGCGAUUCUCCCGUCUCUCCAAAAGCAACAAAGGCAAAUCAUGCGCUGACGGGGGAGAAUCAUGAACUGAACAUGAAAAGGCUGUCAUGCAAAGCAGUUUCGGAGCUCGAGCGCAUGCAUGAAGACCGAUCUCGGUAUUCGCUUCCCGAUCUUUCCGAGUUAGCGUCCGGUGUUUCUUCUUCUUCCCGGAACAAGCAUCAACAACAUCACCCUCGUCUGUCCAAGCAGGUAUCGCGCUCAUUGACGGACCUGAAAGGUGCGAGCGAAAGUAGCACCAGCUACCUACAGCCACAAGACCGACUCGUAGUCAUUGAUAAGGAUGCCAAGAAAUCAUCUUCUCUUUGCUCACCACCAGCAGCAGCAGCAGCCACAGCAGCUAAUAACGAGCCAGAAAAAUUUGGAUAUCGACAACUUCUACCUUUGGGUGACACCAUGCCGACUAUCUUGGUUGCCAAAGGAUCUCCCGAUCAAUAUUAUUCAUUACUUCCUCAAGGCCAGCACUCUUCUGCUUUUAACCAUUAUAUCAACCAGCAAACAACGAUGCACCAUUGUUGUCAGCAGCACAACCAUCACCCUUCAUGCCUUAGGGCAGCACAUCAACAACUACACAGCUGCGCUAUACAGCUAACCUCUUGCUGCCAUCAGCAGAAACAUCAACAGCAGCAACAAUCGGAUGCCCAAAUUUGCUCCCAUCAUCAUCAUCAUCACAUUCCACACCAUCAUUGUCACAAUCGUCUUUCUUCUGAUGACGCCUAUAAAUCAACUUUGUCAGGUUGCACAAAGCAUCAAACCCAGGACACAAAGAAAAGCAGCAGCAGCAGCAGGGCUGCUCGCAUCAACAUAGCCACACUCACCAUGAUCACCAUCACCGCCGCCACCACCACCAUCGCCACCACAGUAAUUAUGGAUGCACUGAGUCGUCGUCAUUUUCUAUUGCAAGUCAAUUUAAAUCUUGUACCCCACCAUCAUUAUAAUAGCAUUGCCUUAUCAUAUUCAUCAUCAGGCUUGCGUGCAAAGAUGUACAAACUUUCAACCUAA